GGGAAAGCCAAAAAGAGGAAGCCCCUUCGCAUCAGCUUCGCGCAGCACCGGCUGCGAGCAUCAGCGCAUCAAGCCAUGGGCUUAUUUACGUCGAUCCUUUACACGACCUAAGAUGCUUUGGAGUCAUUCUUGCGCUCCCUAUUCUAGGGGUGUAAUCCGUUCUUGCUCGCAAAAAUUGCGCUCGCCACUCAUCCCCAGGCCACGGCCAUUAUCACUAGCGCGGUAUUACUUUUCGCAGGUACCUACACAGGAUGAUGAAAUAAAGCCUAGGCAGAGAUCUCUUGCAGUGCCCGCCACGGCUAGGUUCAAUGAGAUCGGAGUCCAACAAUUGAGCGACCAUGUAUUUUCCCAGGUUUUCCCGGUAAAAUCAGACCCUCCAAAUCCAGAAUUGGUUGCGUUGUCGAAAGAGCAUCUCUCGAGGCACGACCUGCUCGGGAAAUCUCAAGAUGCCACGGAACCGGUAGCAUUCGAUAUGCCUCCCCUUCAGGGGCAGACGUUAGAUGAGCAUUUUUUCAAGUUAGGCAUGGAUGCAUCGGAACCUUAUAUUACAUACGCUAAAGAGUAUGUCAAAGUCAACUCUCCGAGCAUUCCGCGCAAAUGGGUCAAACGCAGUGGUUGGACGAAAUAUUAUAGUGACGGCUCUUGGGAGCCCGUGGACGCCCCAAAUGAGUCAAUGUUAACUUUUGAUACGGAGGUUAUGUGGAAAGAGCAUUCCUUUGCUGUAAUGGCUUGUGCUGUCAGUCCUACAGCUUGGUAUGCGUGGCUGUCACCGUGGCUGCUGGGGGAAUCAGACAAUCAUAUUCAGCUCAUACCGUUGGGAGACAUCUCACAGCCGCGAAUUGUCGUGGGCCACAAUAUUGGCUAUGAUCGUGCCCGUGUAUUGGAAGAGUAUGGUAUGAAACAGACGCGUAACUUCUUUCUCGAUACGAUGUCGCUGCAUGUAGCUGUGAACGGGAUGUGUUCCCAACAGAGACCUACCUGGAUGCGCCACAAGAAAAAUAGGGACUUGAGGGACAAGAUUGCGAAUGAGAAUAACUCUGUCGAGCUUGCAGCUCUUCUUGAAAGCAAAAUGCUCAGCGAUGAGGAAGAAGAGCUAUGGGUAGGGAGGAGCUCUGUGAACUCCCUCCGUGACGUUGCCAAAUUUCAUUGUGAUGUCACGAUCGACAAGGCGCAGCGAGAUGAUUUUGGUGAACUCUCAAGAGAGGGAAUCCUAGGGAAAAUGGAUGAACUACUGGAUUACUGUGCUGCGGAUGUUGCCAUUACUCAUCGCGUAUACAAGAAGGUUUUCCCAAAUUUCCUUGAAGUCUGCCCCCACCCGGUCAGUUUUGGGGCUCUCAGGCAUCUUUCCUCGGUUAUAUUGCCAGUCAAUGAGACCUGGAAGGACUAUAUUACCAAUGCCGAGGCGACCUACCAUCAACGACUUGAUGACGUGCAAAGAAAAUUAGUUGAAUUAUGUGAUGAAGCUCUGAAGGUCAAAGACCAGCCGGAUGUGUAUAUGGACGAUCCCUGGCUACGACAGCUGGACUGGUCUGGUCAGGAGAUCAAAAUGGCCAAAGGAAAAAAGAAAGGGGAUCCUCCUCGACCAGCUGCGAGGCAGAAAAAGCCGGGUAUGCCAAAAUGGUAUAAAGAUCUCUUUGCCACAAACACGGCCGAUAUCAAUCUUACUGUACGAAGUCGGACUGCGCCUAUAUUACUCAAGUUAUCAUGGGAUGGGUAUCCAUUAACUUGGUCCGAUAAACACGGUUGGACAUUCAAGGUUCCACGUGAUCAGGUCAAGAAAUUUGAGAACCAGCCUGUAGUGCUCUGCGAUAUGACCGAAGAGAAAAUCGUGGAGUUACGGGACGACAGAAGACAUGUCUACUUCAAGCUUCCACAUAAGGAUGGACCUCAGGCCCGGUGUGUUAACCCGCUAGCCAAAGGAUACAUGCAGUAUUUCGAACGUGGGACUCUCUCUUCGCAAUAUGCGCUCGCCAAGGAAGCGUUAGAGAUGAAUGCUUCUUGCUCAUAUUGGAUCAGCGCUCGGGACCGAAUCAUGGGGCAGAUGGUUGUUUACGAGGACGAGGUGCAAAAAUCUCAAUCGAAUAAUGCGGAGAGCAGGACGGGGUUUAUCCUGCCUCAAGUGAUACCAAUGGGUACUAUUACGCGACGAGCUGUGGAAAACACAUGGCUUACUGCAAGCAACGCUAAGGAAAAUCGUGUUGGAUCUGAACUUAAAGCCAUGAUCAAGGCACCGCCCGGCUAUGUCUUUGUUGGUGCAGAUGUUGACUCACAGGAGCUCUGGAUUGCGAGUCUUAUCGGUGAUGCUCAAUUUCAGAUUCACGGUGGUAAUGCGAUCGGCUUCAUGACUUUGGAAGGAUCCAAGGCUGCAGGAACCGAUAUGCAUUCACGCACUGCCAAAAUUCUAGGGAUUUCGCGCAACGAUGCUAAGGUUUUCAACUAUGGCCGAAUCUACGGAGCUGGCGUAAAAUUUGCUGCUUCAUUAUUGCGCCAGUUCAACCCUUCCAUGUCAGAGAAGCAAACCCAGGAAGUUGCGACAAAACUGUAUCAAGAGACGAAAGGUGCACGUACGACACGUCGCAUCUUAAGCGAGAGUCCCUUUUGGCGCGGAGGCACAGAAUCUUUUGUCUUCAACAAGCUAGAGGAGUUCGCUGAUCAAGAGAGACCAAGAACGCCUACGUUGGGUGCCGGCAUCACUGAGGCGUUAAUGCGGCGUUUUAUCAACCGAGGCAGCUUCAUGACAUCGCGGAUCAACUGGGCAAUUCAAUCAUCUGGUGUGGACUAUCUUCAUCUCCUCAUUAUCUCCAUGGACUAUCUAAUCCGGCGCUUCAACAUCUCUGCUCGUUUAGCGAUCACUGUCCAUGAUGAAAUCAGGUAUCUCGUCAAAGAUGAGGACAAGUAUCGUGCUGCUUUGGCUCUACAGGUAGCUAAUGUCUGGACUCGUGCCAUGUUCUCGCAGCAAGUUGGCAUCAAUGACCUCCCUCAGUCUUGCGCCUACUUCUCUGCAGUUGACAUUGACCAUGUUCUUCGGAAAGAGGUAGACAUGGAUUGUAUUACCCCUUCGCAUCCUCACAAGAUCCCACACGGUGAAACUCUAGAUAUCGUCCAACUUUUGGAGAAGAAUGAGGCUGCUUGUCUAGACCCUUCUGUUAUCCCGAGCUCCCCUCCCUCUCCUCAGAACUAUACGUACAUACCGCGAGAGUCCGUGAUGUCCACUCUUCAGUCUACGAAUAACCCUGCAUUUAUCAGAGCCCAGAUCACAAAGGAUGAUAAAGAACUUCGAGAAAUCAUCAAAGAAGUUACCAAGGCUAAAUCCGCUUCCGGACCGUCAUCAAACGCACGUUCUCAAAGCGAUCGUGCCAAGUCUGCCAAUUCCUAUACAGCACAGCCUCAGAAGGCCAUUUUAGUCGACGUCGGGUCAGGACUUUACAGUGACUUUAACGAUCUUCCCCCGGGGAGCAGGCAUCCCCAGGUCAACUUGAACCGACAGACUUGGAAAUCCCGGCCAUCUGCUCGGGCAUAAAUGCUUUCUUCUGACAAUUUUGUCAACCACUUCCAUCUUUCGAUUAUUUUAUGUAUAUAUAACCCGAUCUAUUGGGAUCUGGACAUGGUGUAUUCUUGUUCUUUUUUGUCUCUUCUCUACUUUCUUGUAUUCCCACUUAGACCUGGCUGGGGAAGCAUUGGGUGGCGUCUCGUCUGGCAGUUUCGGGUGGUACGAAGUAUCCAUGUCGCAUUAUAUGUUGUCUACCAUAGGCAUGUUGAUCGUGAUGCUAUAAUACUGUAUAUAAUAUUUCGCCAAAAAGAAC